CAAUUCAUUCACUAUUCGGUACUGAUAGAUGACAAAACUGUAAUUUCGUGGCAAUGAUCAACGAUCUCAUGCAUUUCUUUGAAACUGUGAAUAUUGAACAGUACAACGAACAGUGGUGGCACAGUGACAAUUGGUGUGACAGUCAUUCUCCAAGUUACGAAUAUCAACACAGAUAACCCAAGUUCAAGGAUCUGGUGCAUCAGCUAAAAGAGAUACAAAUAUCACAUCAAUCGCGCUGAACUUACCAGAAAGUAUAAACACGGCUCAUUAUACAGAACAUCGGAGGCUGACCGUUAUCAACGAUUACUGAAGAGCGUUUUAAUAAAGCAAUACAAUGACUACCGUACAAGUUCCUCGUGAAGUCAACCUGCCAACCAUCCCGACACAGGAAGCCAACGACUUGGACAUCAUGGCGCUCACGAUGGCAGCGCUACGCUUGGUCAAUCCCUGGACUAUCGAUACCAAAUGGACCCAUAAAAUAGAACCUGGAACGCCAGAGGCAAAAGAUAGAAUUAUCACUUUAGCAGAAGUGAGCUGCCAUGACACACCUCAAGAUUGCUGGGUUGUGAUAUACGACCGCGUUUACGACAUAACAACAUUCCUUGAAGAACACCCCGGUGGCGCCGACAUUAUGCUGGAAUACGCCGGUCAAGAUGCAAGUACGGCCUUCAGGAGUUCAGGCCACACGCGUUCGGCGUCCAAGGCUCUCGAUCGCUUCCUAGUCGGAGAGCUGCCAAUGCACGAGAGGAUGUACCGUCGCCCAAACGGAAUACGGCUUAGUGAUAUACCGGACUAAUUGAUAUCUCAUGUGGUCAGUCUCCAUAAAUGGAUAUGUCUAUAAUCGUACCCCAUCUGCACUCACUAAGAUGCACAUUUUAACUAAUAAUAAUUAAUAAAUGCACCAGCUCUCUACUUAAUACAACUUAAUUAUUUUUAUUACAUAAACAAUUUGUAGACGUAAUAAAAUAUAGAUAAUUUUAACUCUUAAUAUAUGUAUUAAUAUAAAAAUUAAUAAUUAGCUAUAUUAUUAUAUCAAAUGUCAACGUAUAAUAAAUCAAUAAGUCAUAUUUACUAGAUAUAGUAUAUCUAGAUAUAUAUUUUGUACCAGUAACCACGAUGUUUAUUAACCUCAGUUGCAAAUGUCAAGAGCUCGAUAAGAAUAAUAUGCAAGUAUUAGAUAUUGAAAUUAUAAUAAUUGUAUUUAAGUAGCUACAAUUCUUAGGAUUUUUUCCAGAAUUAGUACUAAUUAUUGCUACUAGUUAAAAAUAGUGUGAUUUUUUACUCUAAAAUUGUUUAACUUUCUGUUUGCCAGGAAACAUUAUCUCUUCAAAUAGAAAUUGUCACAAAUUAAAACAAUAAUGGUAAAAAAUCACUAUUAUUACUAAUGGUAACAAUUAGUAGAAAAUAAUUGCUGGAAAUGCUUAAUUUUCCACAGCUAAUAUGUUAUGUGUGAAAGUUGUAUGAUUUUAUUUUAUAUUAACUGCUCAUACUUAAAUUUAUUUAUUAUGGCUUCAAUACAAAAAAUUGAAGUUUUUAUGUCUUUAUAAUUAUAAUAUUUAUUUCAGUAUUAUUAAAGAAGGAAUUUCGCAAAAUGCAUCAAAUCAUGUAAAUUACCUUGAUAACAGUUAUCGGUAAUAUAUUUACAAUGUGAACAUUAAAUCCAUUGCGUGACUAUGAAAGUUUCGAAAUUCUUCAAACUAGUUUAAAGAUAAAAGUUCCUAUUGUUUUAUAUAGAUAAAAUAUAUGUUAUUACUUUACCUAUAUGAGUAUUUUAUUAUCUGUAGCCUAUAUGCAAAUCCUUACAUUGUUGAACCUCACCUCCAGAAGUUUAUCAGUAAACACAAUUCGCUUAUGCACUCAAACAACAAUAAAUAUAAAAUCAAAUACAAUUUAGUUUAGCAUUUGAAAUCAAUACCUUAUAAAUAGCAUCCUUUACAGGUGAUGCUAGCAUCUUGGCACUGUUUGCCUUGCGUUUUUAUAUCUUAGUAUUUUUAUAUGCUUUUAAUAUUAUAUUUUUAUAUUAUUUUUGACACUUAUCUGUACUUUCAAAAUAGGUGCAUAUAGUUUAAGUCACGCUCGAGGCAUUAUUGUUGCCUAGUCCCACAAGAACUUCAAGAUACCGUUCUAACAUUGACUAAAUAUUUAUUUCCAGAGAAAGAGAGUAUAAAAAAAAAAGAAGAACAAGAGAAUAUAAAAGAAAGAUAUAGGAGGUUCAAAAAAUUGUAAGUCUCUAAGUAAAUAAAAUAUGAAUUAUAUUGAACAGCAUAUUUAUUUAUUUAAUAAUCAAGUAUAUAACAGAACAAAUACAUAUUUAUUAGCAAGUUGGCAGUCUUCCAUAACUGGUUUCUAUGUAAGUACUUAUAUAUAAAAGUAGGUAUUAAAUUGUUUCCCCGCAUCUACACUUUCUAGGAGACAGGAGGUUCUCUAUUGAAUAUUUAUUUAGUUCCAUUUUAUAUACUAUUGACGUUCAACAACAAUACUCAAAAAUUGUUGCAACUAAAAUUGUGCAUAUAAUAUUUUAAGUUUAUACUGGUUGAAAUAUAAUGUCAUAUUUGUAAUAAUGUAAAAUAUAAAACGUCUGAAAACUUCA